AGAUAUCAUGUUAAAAACAACAAAUUUAUUUAUGUAUUAUGUAUAUAUAUACCUUAUAAAGUUCUACUUUCAGUUCAAAUAAGGUAUAACUGUUAAAUUGUGUGACUAACAUAUUGUAUAAAUAAUUAAAAUGUUACUUGAGACUAAUAGAUUGCAAAUAUGCGAAGAAAGAAAACAUAAUUAAGAUAUAUCAAGAGUAUUGAAAUUUAAAUGAAAUCUGAAAAAAUAUUACUGUUUACAGAAUAAGCUUUAUAAUCUGUAAUACUUAUAUUAUAUAAUGGAUAAUAAUACUUUAUUUACUGGUAUUAAUCAAUCUCAUAUAGAUGAUUGCAAACCAUCAUGUAGUAAUCACAACACAGACAAUAUAAAUAAUUCACCUAUUCAAUAUUUUGGAGACUUCGGUAGGUAUUUAAGUGAACAAUAUUCUGUUUUAAAACUUGUACUUUGUCAUUUGGACUACUAUGAUUUAUGUACUAUGCGGCGAGUUAAUAGUACAUUUAAAAGUGUUGCAGAUAUUAUACUUCUUCGUAAUCGCAUGCAUAUUCAGUAUACCACUUUAGAAUAUAAACAAGGAAUAAAUGAAAACUGUUUAUCAGAAAAUAUGCUUAUUGAUAAAAAAAUUGGCAAUUCUGGGCAUAGUAAUCAUUGCAUUGAUUUAAGAAUUGAGCCAAAAACUCUUUUUACCUUUGAAUGUAUGCCAGGAAGUGGUGGACCAUCGAGAUGUCGUCCUAAAAUUUGUACUAGAUUAAGAGAAAGUACUAGUAGAAAUAAUGGAGAUGAUAGAAGUAGAGACACAGGUGGUUUUUUUCCUAGAGGAGAUAUUGUUCCUAAUUCAGUCACAACUUUCAUUCCUAUUGGAGCCAAAGGAAUUAUAUACACAGGUAAUAAAUCCAAAAAUAAGAAUUCAAUGGAAUUAUUGGUCUCAUAUUCAUCUCAUGAUAAAAAACUGGUACUGCUAUACUUGCCUACCAGUAAGAAAUAUGAAGUAAAUGUAUUUACUCGUGUUAUAACUUCUAAUUCUUCAGCUUCAGUAAAUUGCCUUUCUCAAGAUGAAAGUAUGUUAUUUAAUCAACAAGGAUCACCAAUUCGUGGUCUUAUAUUUUUGAAAGUUGGAUCUUCAACACAAGUUGAUACUUUGAUUAAGUCAAUAGUAAAAUUGGCAACAGAAAGUAAUAAUUCAAUUCCCAUUGCUGUGUCCGGUGGUCAUAUUACAAGCUUAGAUUAUAAUAAUCCUCAAAAAAAAAAGAACAGUUUAAUUCCUGGUGUACUUGAAGUAAUUAUUUUUCGAGGGAAUGGUAUUCAUUGCAUCAGUGAUGUUAUUUCAUCAACAACAGAACCAGGAAUAAUUGCAGGUUUGAAAGAUACAAUGAAGCAUAUUAAAGAAACUUGUUUGUUAGAGGGUAUUACAAUAGACUCGCGGCGUAGUUUCAUAUUGUCUUUUCAGUGUAUUGAUAGACAACAGCUUGAAGAUCAUAAAUACCUAUCUAAAAUAUUUCCAAAUAUUCCAUUAUUUGGUGUACAAACCUGGGGAGAAAUAGGAUUAAGAUCUUUCACUAAUGACGAAUCAAAUUGUUUAACUAACAAAAAAAAGAAGUUUUCAAUAAUGCAUUCUGUUAAAACAACUUUCAUGUUUGUAACUUUAAAUUAAUUAUAUAUUAGACUCUAAGACUUACUUUUUAUAAUUUAUAUAUAUUUCAUAAUUAUUAUAUAUCUACUCCAAACUUAUAAUUAAAAUUUAUUUCUUUGGCUAUUCAUAAAAUUACUUAAGUAUGUAUUGAGAAAACUAUACUUAUGAAAAAAAUCUGGUACAGUUAAUACCCAGCAGAACAGCCUUAACUAGACCAGUAUAUAUGUAAGGCAUAGUUAAAACUAGUAUAAAUGAAAAUUUCAUAGUUAUAUAGUCACUGUUUUAUAAUUUUUUGAUGCAAGAAUGUGUUUGUUAAACAUUUGUUGGAAAAUAUUAGGGAGAAUUAUUUUUUAACUGGGAAAGAAUCAUAUUAAUCUUCUGAAUUUGAUGGUCAGGAAGAAAAAGUAUUUUUCUAACUUUUUUGGAAAAAUUAUAAAUAAUUUAUUUUGAUUCUAAAAUGUUAACCAAAUGUUAUUUUUGACUUACGAGAUUGAAUAAAGAAAGCGCUUAAAAUACAUUAAAAAUAACUGUAAUUAAGGAUCAGAAUUAACAAACUUAAAGUAAAACCUGCCUUAUAUUUGAAGAAAUAGAAAUAAUAUACAAUUAGUCUAAAAAUUAUCUAAGACGUUAAUAUAAAUACACUUUAAAGACUUUUUUCCUCAUUAUUUUUAAUUAGUGACAAUAGUUCAUGAGAAGAUGCCUUCUUUCUAAAUCCUCUAAUGGCUCUAAAUAGCAAAUAAAGCAGAGGGUACUAAUUACUAUUAAUCAUAUGAGCUUUUCAUUUAUAAAUUCAAUUACUUUUGAAUAAACAUAAAUGGAGUACUUGUUAAGAGUUUUUAAAAGUAAAGGUCAUUGAGUCUUAAGUGUUCAACUCGUUUUAAUAACUGAAUAACUUUUUAGAAAUUUCUUGUAAAGAUAUAUAAUUAGUAUAGGAAAAAUCCUACGAUAAAGUAAUAAAUAUAAAAUCGUAAGUUUUGAUAAUCAAUAACUAGUUUUCUGUUAUCAUCGUAGACUAAAGAAUAUAGCAACCAUUUAUCAAUACUUGGUUGGUUAUAUGUCCGUUUUGAAAUAUUGUAGACAAAUUUUUGUAUUCAAUCUUUUAUGAUAAUAUAAAAUUGUAUUCGAUAAAAAUAUUUUUACAGUUUGCAACCUUUAGUUACUAAACUUUUUUAUUAGUGAUUAUAUUGUUAAAAAUAAUCAUCUAAUAAUAAUUUCAUAACAAAAAUAUGGAUUUUUUUGAUGAUAUAAAUAAAGUAGUCCCUUGUGAGGCUGAAUGGGGAAAAUGGUGGCAAAGUUUGGAAGAAGUACACAUUGAAGUUCGUGUGCCUAAAGGAACUAAGUCUAGAGAUGUCAAAGUUGAAGCUUCUAAUAGUCAAAUUACGUGUAAUGUUGCUGGGAAAAUAUUAUUUUCAGGUAGUUUAUAUAAAAAAGUUAAAGGAGCGGAAUUACUUUGGAGUUUGGAAGAUGGAGGCUCUUUACUUGACAUAGUAUUAGUGAAAUUAAAUUAUGUUGGAGGUGAAGAACCAUGGCCUUCUUUAAUGGAUGAUUCUAGGUAUAAAGUUGAACAAAAUGCUUAUGAAGAAAUGAAAAAGAGUGCUGAACUUGAAAAGCUAAAACAGCAGGUUAUGCAACGUAUGUAAUGAGUAACUAAAUCUAUUUUUAGUGGAAAUACCUGUUCUUCACAGUUUUUGCAUUACAAAUCUUUUAAUUUAAUGGUUAAAGAUAUUUUUUAAUGUUUUAUAAUAAGUAAGUUACUGUAAAAAUUCAAUAUUUUUAAAUUAAAUAUAAUAAAUG